GAGAGAGCCAAGACCCAACUCAAGAGCCGAGGGGCAUCCAUCCAUAGUGUCCGUACUUAUCUUGUGAUUGUCGCCUUUUCUUCCUUUCUUCCUCCUCCUCUUCAUACAGGCAGCUUGUUUUUGUUGCACUCUUCAAAUAUGGACGCCAUCACAAACUUCCUCCAUAACGUACCGCAGCCUCUUCAGUGGGGUCUUGCUGGUAUUGGUGCUCUCUUCUUGGGAUCCAAGAUUCUGAGCUAUCUUCAGCUUGUCCUCAGCGCUUUCGUGCUCGGAGGCACCAACCUUCGCAAGUAUGGAAAGCCUGGUACCUGGGCCGUCAUCACCGGUGCCUCUGAUGGCCUCGGCAAAGAAUAUGCUCUGCAGCUCGCCGCCAAGGGCUUCAACCUCGUCCUCGUUUCCCGAACCCUCUCCAAGCUCGAGAGCCUCUCCGCUGAGAUUCAACAGAAGUACCCUGGAAAGGGUCUGCAAGUCAAGGUCCUUGACAUGGACUUCUCCCAGAACAACGAUGCCGACUACGAGCGUUUGAGCGAGCUUAUUUCUGGUCUUGAUAUUGGUAUUCUCAUCAACAACGUUGGCCAGAGUCACAGCAUCCCCGUUUCUUUCCUCGAGACCACCAAGGAGGAGCUUCAGAACAUUGUCACCAUCAACUGCAUUGGCACUCUCCGAGUUACCCAGGUCGUCGCUCCUAUUCUGAAGCAGCGAAAGCGCGGUCUUAUCCUCACCAUGGGAUCUUUCGGUGGCUGGACUCCUACUCCUCUCUUGGCGACAUACUCUGGUAGCAAGGCUUUUCUUCAGCAGUGGAGCAAUGCUCUCUCCGCUGAGCUUGCUGACCACAAUGUUGAUGUCUACCUUGUCCUGAGCCACCUUGUCACCACCGCCAUGAGCAAGGUCCGCCGCCCUAGCCUUCUUGUCCCUAACGCUCGCAACUUUGUCAAGGCUACUCUUGGCAAGAUUGGACUCGGUGGUUACCAGACUGCUCCUAACACCUACACCCCUUGGUGGAGCCAUGCUUUCAUGCUGUGGUUCAUUGAGAACAUUCCUGGUGCCAAUGGUCCUAUCACUAUUUUCUUCAACAAGAGGAUGCACGAGGACAUUCGACGCAGAGCUCUCCGCAAGGCUGCUCGCGAUGCUAAGAAGCAGUAAAUGAAGGAUGAAAACAGGGGGAAAGAAGUAGGAAACAUGCAAGAUACUCGAAACAUAAUUGAAAAGGAGGAAUAUAACAGCUGUGGAGGUCAACUCAGUUGUCAUGAGAGAUAGUUAGUGGUAUGACAACUGUAAUGUACUACAACUUAUGCAACCGCCUCAGAGCCCGUGAAGUCAAGAGUGAGUAACCUCAGGCGCUCCUUCAUGCUUGCCGUGCGUAUAUGACAACGUUGGCUUGAAGGACAAAGAGACCUGUGCAUUGUGCUACCUGAGCUACCUACCUAUGUUUGCCCAGCCUCGGGGGGCAAGAAAACAGCGAACCUCA